UCCUCAAUAAUCAGUUUUUAUUCUAAUUUUUUUAAGUUUUGUUUUUUGUUCACUUUUUGUCACAAAAACAAACAGGAAAGACUCGCUAUGAGUGACGCUGCAGAAAUCCUACAAUCAGUCCAGAUAGGUUUAAAUGUCGUCAUAUUUCUUCUGAAAACUGAUCGUGGCCCACAAGCGACUGAGUUAUGUAAUGAAUGUGCAAUUCUACUUCAAAACCUUGACUGUGGUAGACACCUUGACAUCUCUGUUGUAAUAUCCAAUGAAUAUUACACCAUCUCUGGUAACACAAAUGUUGAAAGAUAUGCCAAGACACUUCUUUACACGUUGCACCACGCUGGAAGACUAACCAUUAAACUGGGAGACAAAUAUGAAGCACAGCGCCGGUUUGUAGAGGCAAAGCAACUUUACAAUAGCGCAGUCAUCAUCAUGCAAACGAUUGGUCACAAAAGAGAAGAAGCUAUGGCUCAUGAAGGACUUGGAACUGUAUGUAUAAGCCUCAGUGAAAUGCAGAAGGCAAAAAAACACUUCCAGAAAACACUUACCAUCGCAAUAGAAAUUGGCGACCGAUUAGCAGAAGGAAGAAGUAACAGGUACCUCGGUGAUGUGUUUCAUUACCUUUGCAAAUAUCAGAGGGCUAAAGAAUAUAACGAGAAAGCACUUGCCAUCGCGAUAGAAAUUGGCGACAGAAAAGGAGAAGGAACAAGUAACGGGAAUCUCGGAAAUGUGUUUCAUUCCCUGUGCCAAUAUCAGAAGGCUAAAGAAUAUUACGAGAAAGCACUUGCCAUUGACAUAGAAAUUGGCAACAGACCAGGUGAAGGACCAAUUCACGGGAACCUCGGAAAGGUGUUUCAUUCCCAAGGCGAAUAUCAGAAGGCUAAAGAAUAUUACGAGAGAGCACUUGCCAUUUCGAUAGAAAUUGGCGACAGACAUGGAAAAGGAAGAUUGAACGGGAACCUUGGAAAUGUGUUUCAUUCCCUAGGUGAAUAUCAAAAGGCUAAAGAAUAUUACGAGAAAGCACUUGCCAUCGCGAUAGAAUUUGGCGACAGAAAAGGAGAAGGAACAAUUAACGGGAAUCUCGGAACUGUGUUUCAUUCCCUGUGCCAAUAUCAGAAGGCUAAAGAAUAUUACGAGAAAGGACUUGCCAUUGCCAUAGAAAUAGGCGACAGACAAGGAGAAGGAACAAUUAACGGGAACUUCGGAAAUGUGUUUUAUUCCCUAGGCGAAUAUCAGAAGGCUAAAGAAUAUUACGAGAAAGCACUUGCCAUCGCGAUAGAAAUUGGCGGAAGAAGAGGAGAAGGAAGAUUUAACGGGAACCUUGGAAAUGUGUUUUACUCCCUAGGCGAAUAUCAGAAAGCUAAAGAAUAUUACGAGAAAGCACUUGCCAUCGCGAUAGAAAUUGGCGGCAGACAACAAGAAGGAAUAGUUAGCGGGAACCUCGGAAAUGUGUUUCAUUCCCUAGGCGAAUAUCAGAAGGCUAAAGAAUAUUACGAGAAAGCACUUGAUAUUGGGAUAGAAAUUGGUAACAGACAAGGAGAAGGAACAAGUAACGGGAACCUCGGACAUGUGUUUCAUUCCCUAGGCGAAUAUCAGAAGGCUCAAGAAUAUUACGAGAAAGCACUUGCCAUCGGGAUAGAAACUGGCGACAGACAAGGAGAAGGAACAAGUAACGGGAACCUCGGAAAUGUGUUUCAUUCCCUAGGCGAAUAUCAGAAGGCUCAAGAAUAUUACGAGAAAGCACUUGCCAUUGCGAUAGAAAUUGGCGACAGACAAGGAGAAGGAACAAUUAACGGGAACAUCGGGAAUGUGUUUCAUUUCCUAUGCGAAUAUCAAAAGGCUAAAGAAAGUUACGAGAAAGCACUUGCCAUUGCGAUAGAAAUUGGCGACAGACAAGGAGAAGGAAGAACUAAAGAGUGCCUCGGAAGUGUGUUUCAUUCUCUUGGAAAAUAUCAGCAGGCUAAAGAAUAUUACGAGGAAGCACUUGCCAAUGGGAUAGAAAUUGGCGACAGGCAAGGAGAAAGAACAAUUAACAGGAGGCUUGGAAGGAUGUUUGAUUCCCUUGGCGAACAUCAUAAGGCUAAAAAACAUUACGAGAAAGCACUUGCCAUUAUCACAGAAAUCGGCGGGAGAAAAGGAGAAGAAUACUUGAAUCUUGGGAAUGUUUAUUUUCAUCUUCGAAAAAAUCGGCAAGCUAAAAAAUAUUUGGACAAGGCAUUCGGUAUCAGUAUAGCAAGUGGUGACAGAAUACUAGAAGCUAAGGCUACAGCAAGUUUGGCAGCGGUUUUUGCUUCUGUGAAUGACAAUCAGAAAGCAAAAGAACAUUGCGUGAAAGCGCUUACCAUCAACAGGGAAUGUGGCAAUAGAAGUGGCGAAGCACAAAAUUACUUAAGCCUUGGCAAUUUACACCAAUCGCUCGGUGAGUGUAGCAAGGCAGAAGAUUGUUUAAAGAAAGCUUAUUCCAUGAGCAGCCAAAUUGGAGACAAGAUGCUUAAGUUUAAAAGCCUUCUUAGUAUUACACUGGUAAAGAUAACGCAGUCAGAGGUUUUGGAAGCAAAGGAAUAUCUUCUUCGAUGUAUUGCAAAAUACGAGCAAAUCAGAACUUUUCUGAAAGGAAACAGUGAAUUUAAAAUGUCUCUGUUAGAGAAACACGGUACUUUUCCCUACCGUUUACUCACUGACUUGCUUUGCGAUAUUGCAAAAUUUGAAGAUGCUCUCUACGUCGAGGAACUGGCACGAGCAAGAGUCCUCGCAGAAUUAAUGGCAGACAAGUACUCCGUGGAAAGCCACAUCUCAGCCGAUCCACAAUCAUGGUUCGGGAUUAAAAACAUCGUGCGGAGAGAAAGUAACUGUGUUUUCUUGUACAUCUCGCAUAGAGAGCGGCAAGUUUUUCUCUGGGUACUGAAAGCAAAUGGAGGCACUUGCUUUCGCAAAACAGACAAAGUGGAAGUAGACACUCUUAUUGACGAGCGAGUUUGCGAUGUGGAAGGCAUUUUCAAAAAGAGCGCCGCUGGCUUUGGCGUUUUACCCACAGCGAACUGCGAAGAUCGAUCUUUGGAUGACAACGUGACGACAUCUCUUCAUAAGGAGAGCCGAGCAAAUUUGCGAGGUGAACAAACCAAAGAUACCGAAAGAAUUCAUAGAUUGUGCUACAAAUGGAUCGUCGCACCUGUGGAAGACUUACUUACAGAGCCUGAAAUCAUCAUUGUGCCGGAUCGUUUUUCGUACCGAGUCCCAUUUGCUGCCUUGCGAGAUAAAUCUGCCGGAAGGUAUUUAUCGGAGAAGUACAGAAUCCGUAUCGUCCCUUCUCUGACGACUCUCCGAAUCAUUCAAGAAUGUCCAGCGGACUAUCACAGUCUAACUAAUGCACUGGUUGUGGGUGAUCCUACGGUGGGCAAAGUGCAUUACAAUGGACGUCUCAUUGACAUUACACCAUUGUUCUGUGCAAGAAAGGAAGCAGAGAUGGUUGGUCGACUGCUGGGCGUUCAGCCUUUGUUAGGAAGUCGCGCAACAAAGCAGGCAGUACUUCAAGCUAUACCUUCGGUAAGUCUAAUACAUCUUGCCGCACAUGGAAAUGCCGAAAGAGGAGAGAUCGCUCUCUCUCCUCAACAUACUACUGACGAUACUCCUCAAGAGGAAGACUACCUCCUGACUAUGUCCGAAAUUCAAGGAGUUCAAGUGCGAGCUAAACUGGUAGUACUCAGCUGUUGCCACAGUGGGCGUGGAUUGGUUAAAAAGGAAGGAGUCCUUGGAAUCGCUCGUGCAUUCUUAGCAUCCGGUGCACGUUCAGUGUUGGUAGCAUCGUGGGCUAUAGAAGACGAAGCAACGGAGCAGCUCAUGAAUCAUUUCUACGAACACCUUGUGCGUGGAGAAAGUGCCAGUGAGUCUCUUCACCAGGCAGUUCAAUGGUUGAGAAGUAAUGGUUUCCCUAAACCUUCCCAAUGGGCUCCGUUUGUGCUGAUGGGGGAUAACGUGACAUUUGAUUUUACGGGUAAGUCUGAUUGUAAUGAGCAAUUUUCUAUAAUAACCGAUUAG